AUGGUUCGACUCUUCUUUUGCUUGUUGACCUCAAUGAUUUGCUCUGCUCGGAACCUUAUUCCACCUACAAGGAAUGGAGAUGCGUUGUCUGCAAUGAAUCCGAGAACAUUUUCAACAGUGGGUAUCAAGGAUAAUCAAGAUCAUGCACUUCAUGGCGGUGUGAAGUAUGAAGGUGGUAAGGAAGGCAGUUUUGACGUAGAUUAUAAUGGCCCAAGGACACACGAUCAACCUCCACCUUCUCACCCUUUGAAUUAUGGAGGACGUGUUUGGGAACAUAGUUUUGAUCACAUUGAUUAUGAUGGCCCAAAGACGCAUGAUCAACCUCCACCUUCUCACCCUUUGAAUUAUGGAGGACGUGUUUGGGAACAUAGUUUUGAUCACAUUGAUUAUGAUGGCGCAAAGACGCAUGAUCAACCUCCACCUUCUGUCCAAUUGAAUUUUCCAGCUCCUUUCUGGGAAGAAAGCUUUGACAUAGAUUAUCAUGGCCCAAGGACGCAUGAUCAGCCUCCACCUUCUCUCCCAUUAUAG